CCCGUCCGGGACGGUGCAGCAGACAUCAUCGACCCUCUCCUGGGUGAGGAUCUGCUUCUACGGUGCUCCUCGUUGGGUUUUCCCGGUGUAUUUUGCGGCCGAAAUGAAGACUGGGGGGUGUUUGGUGUUUCUGGGGCUUCUCGGGGUGUGUCUGGGUCAAGGUUACGGAGGAAUGCACAGUGGGGGGGAAGUCGUGUGGACAGAUGACUAUACUCUUGACACCAUGGGCUCCUCCCCCAUCAUAGUAACAAGUGAUUCUGGACAUCUUGACCAUUCUUUCUUUAGAGAGUUGCCAGCCACUACCCCAGCCCCUCUGUGGGGUAUUGGAGGUACAUUCGGCACAGUAACAGAUACGGAAGCUGACUUGUCAGGGACCAAGAGUGUGCAGAUGUUAUAUGUAGGUUACCCACUCAAGUUAACUUGUAACCUGACCAGCCAUGAGAAUACCUCUUUCAAGCUCGACUGGUUUAAAGACGAGAUGAAGAUUGAAAGUAACGCUCGCACAAAGAUCUUUCAAGAAAAUUCAUCGCUGCUCAUUCCCUCACCAGUAAAGGAAGAUGUUGGACUGUACAAAUGCCAGACUCAGCGUGGCAUUCCCAAUGACAAGCCUCUGAACAUGUUUUUUAAUGUUAUAUAUUUUGAAAUGAGGAAGAUGGAUAAGUCUGUAAAUGUGGACAUGGAGAAGAGUAUUAAAUUAGAAUGCCCUGUGGAGGGUCAACCUUAUCCAGUAAUUACAUGGAAAAAAGACGACAUGCCCAUCGCUGAGUUGAUCAAUGCAACGAGGAUAACUUACAGCCCUAAUGACAAGAAAGUUCCCAAUGGUACAAUUCUAAUUACCAAUGCUGGUUGGACUGAUCGUGGUAACUACACUUGUGUCAUCACCACACUGUCUAACACAUUUGAAAGGUUCACCUUCAUUAGAGUUAAAGAUGUUUAUGCUGCCCUGUGGCCCUUCAUUGGCAUCGUGGUAGAGGUGCUUCUGCUGGGGAUCAUCAUCUUCAUUUUUGAGAAGCGUCGAGCCAAGGCUGAGUUUGAAGAGUCCGAUACUGACCAGGGCAAUGAUCAGAAAAACACAGCAGAUCUCAACAAGGAUUCUGUUCGACAGCGAAAGUAA